AUACCUACUGACCCCAAAGUGCUUGCAGUUUUUUCUCAUGCCCUCUCCUGUUACAGCACAUCAAUAUCUUCAAUCAUGUCUAUAUGAAACAAAUUGACUUUAAUUAAGCAUUAUGCAAAGCGACAGCCUCUCAGAGCACUAAUCCGCAGAGUUUGCCUCAAUUGGUGGACCAGCGCUUAAAUUAGUCGAGCAGCGACACUCAGCCGGUUCACUUGCAACAUGAAGAGCGACGAGAUUAUCGAGAAGAUACGCAGCAAGCUGAAGGAAUCGGAUCCUGCCCGGCGCACCGUGGUCAAUACAUUCCAGUUCAACUUCACCGAUGCGGAUGGUAAUCUCAUCAAGAGCAUGGUCUUUGAUUUCAAAGCGCUGGACAUCUACGAAGGGAGUUCCUCCACUGCCGAUGCGCAAGUCACCAUUUCGGACGAGGAUUUCUACUUGGUGGGCACUAAGCAAAAGACUUUUCAGGAGGUUCUGCAGCAAGAGAAGGCUAAGAUCGAUGGCGAUGAGGAAGCUAUUAAGAAAAUGCUGGAAAAGUUUCGCAUAAAUUCACAAAACUAGCUAAGAGAGUUGA